UAGGGGAUGAUUCUGGUGAGCAGCUUCUCAAACUGAUUCCGAGAGUGCUUAUGCUUUAAACACUUCCUUACUACGUAGUAGAGCAGUACUACUAUUUAUGUUUUCCGAUCAGUGAGAUGAAAUAGCAGGGGACACCAUUUUAUUAAACCUCUGUAGAAUGGGAGUAGGGUUUCCAAUCGAAAUGCCGUCAUCCCUGCAAUCCUUGCCCCAUGAGCUUAAGAUUGAAAUCCUUAAGAGAUUACCAGCAAAAUCUCUGAUUUGUUUAAGUGCUGUGAGUAAACCAUGGCUCUCUUUCCUCACAAGUUCUGAAUUCGUCUCUGCCCACCUGUGCGAAGGAGCUACCAAACAGUUCUUCUUUGCAACUACAACCAAUAGCAACGGUCGUUUCGCUCUAGUCAAACAUGCCGACAAAGUCGAAGGUGAUCUCACGGUACAAUUAGGACCAAUCAUCAUACCCCAUCAGCGAUUCCAAAAUAGGUUUUCAGUAUCUUUACAUCAUUGCGUUGAGGAUGGUAUUGAAAUCGUGGGCAGCUUUGAUGGAAUGCUUUGCUUAACCUUUACCCAUCCAGAUUUUCACCAGUCAAUAAUAUUAUGGAAUCCUUCCAUUCGAAGGCAUGUGUUGUUACCUCCUCCCUCCAUUCACACUCCAAGGAAAGGUGAUAAUGGAAUUGGAUUUUGUGUUGCCAGCGACGGUGACUAUAGGGUUGUGUGGGUCCAUGAGAAGCAUGAGGAUAGUGCUAUGUCUGUUGAAAUCUACUCUCUCAAUUCGGGAAAAUGGAGGAUUAGAAGAUUCACUCAUGAUUUGUUUCCUACGAGGUGGUUGUUUAGUGGUCAGGCUUUUGUAGGUGGUAAGAUGCACUGGAUUGGAUGUGAGUACGACGAGUGUUGGAUUGGAUCUGAAUAUGAAGACCAAAUGUGCGAUGCUCGUGAUAUUUGUUCAGUCACUUCAUUUGACAUAGACGAAGAGGUAUUUAGAGACGUACCACUCCCAAAUAUAUUAAAAGGGUUUGACUUGCAGGCAAGAUUAUGUAUUGCUGUGGUUGGGGAAUCACUAGGUAUAAUUGAUUGUGAUCAAGGUUUUUAUGACAUUUGGGUGAUGCAAGAUUAUGGAAAUGUUGACUCUUGGGCUAGGCUAUAUGUCAUUGAUAUUCGAGAUUAUAAUAAAAGGUUACCCUUAGUAGUUGCAUUAAACACUUGGAAGAAUCCAGGAGUUUCUGCAGGUGCACACCAAUGGUUCUCAUUCAUGGAUCAUGAGCCUUUUUUGGUGUACGGGGAAUAUGGUGAUGAUACAUUUGAGUAUGUAGCUAAGUAUGUGGAAAGCCUUGUUUUGCUCGGACACAAAGAUGCUGUUGCCGAUGUGCAUUUGCCUCAGGCUAUUGCAGUUACCGGGCGCAUGGCGGAGGAUAAUGCAGGUCAUGGACAAGAGAUCUAGGCAGGGGUUCACAAUCUUCCCUUGUCCCAAUGAGAUUGUGCCCUGUCUCCCUAUUUUAGCAGCUGUACUGAAUUUAGAGGUGCAAAAAUUAAUAUUGUUUUGAACAUGGGGUGCAAACUCAAAUUUGGAUGGGAAAAUGGUGUCCAACUUCCAAGUCUACGUCUUCUAACGCUUUGGUUGACAGUGGUAGUAUUAAUGAUCACAGAAGUUGUGGAUGUGUUAUCCUAUCUCAUACAGUUUAAUGGGAAUUUAUGCCUUUGAAAUGAAUGAUUACCUUUGCCACAUAAUUUGUUUCUUUCUUAUUCUGCUUAAAUGCUUCAGAAUAAAUCUUUGGGGUACUUUUAUCCCACAACACAAACUUGUUGAAUUGCAAUGCCUUUUGUUGAUAUCUAUUUUUUUCUUAGCCUUGAUGUAGCUUUAAUUUGUGUGUGUCUGUGGAUGAUCAUUUUUACUCUGUAUCUUUUUCUUGAAAUUAAAAAUAUUAAACCAAGGCCUUUGGUCUGUAGUACUUUGAUCCGUGUGUUAUGUUAGAAUUCCUAUAUUUUCCUAUACAUCAGACGUAAACAUAAUGAGAUAUUCAGAGAAAAAAUUGUGAAAUAUCGCAAUAGGGUACGUUAGUUCAUCAUGUCUCUAGAAUGUAGAAUAAAGCUUUUCCUGUGAUAAGCACUGGUAAUCUUUGAUAGUCCAUCCUGUGGUGUCAAUACUGCAUGCAUUUUACUGAUAUCAUAUGAUGUUUCUUAUGAAGUCAUACUAUUAAGCUUAAGAGUCCGUUUGGUAACACUAAAAUUGGCUGAAUCAGCUAGUUCUGCUGAAAUUAAUUAAAUUUUGGCUGAUGUGGUUACGUUAGCUGAUCCUGCUGAUUUAUGAAAGAUUUAUAUUUAGAAUAUUUUUUAUUAAUUAAAUAAAGAAAAAGAUAUAUGAAAAUAUAGCUAAAAUGAUAUCUAUAGUAACUUCAGCCAAUAUAGUUAGAAAAGUAACUCGAACCUUGCUUUUUCUUAUUAUUAUACAAUUCAGAGCGCGAAAUCAAAAGUUACGUGUUUGGUGAAAAAGUUGGUCGAUAAGCAUGGUUACUAUCAAACGGGCUCUAAAUAGAUGUGUUUACAGAGUUACUUAAGAAUUGGCUGUCAAUUUUGCAUUUUUUUGGGUUACUAUUAUUUUUAAUGUUUUUUAUUGUACUUUAAGCAUUUUCAGGACUUUCUGGAGGCAGAUGCAGUAUAAAAAUGUAAUUGAACUAGGGGUGAUACUGACAUGAUGUAGUUUUCAAAGCUGUUUCCUUCUCUGUAUUUUCAAAGAUGUUUGCUUGGGAUUCCAAAGCUGUUUUCUUCAUUCCAGUUGCCAAGAACCUGUUUUGUUUUUUUGCAACAAUGGGGAUCAGUGUACUUCUACCUGAUAUUUGGUGUUAUCAGGAGGUUCCGCUAAUUUUACUUUGUACUGCAUGGAUGUAGUGAAGCUACUUGAAGUUGCAAUUAGUGGUACUUUAAACAGCCAUACUUUGUUUUGAAAAUGACAUCAAAAUGAUUGAAAUGCACACUUUCUA